AUGGUCCCUGCUUUGAGUCUGCAGGUCACUCUGGCCUCUGAGGUCUCAAAUCUCCAAGCGUCAUCAUCUCUUCCUGUACCCAUCAGCAUCUCUAUUCACAACAACGCAUCAUCCUCAGUGACUCUUUUGACAUGGAACUCACCUCUGGACUUCCAGGCCGGGGUUCUGGGUGUUUUUGAGGUCUGCGAUAUUGAAAAUGGAAAAGCACUUCCCAUCGACACGAUCAAAGUAUCCAGAAAGCUCCCGGCAACCUCGGCAGAUCUGGUCGAAAUACCAGCGGGCCAGGCCAUAGACCGCACUGUGAAGCUUCCUUCAUUUGAAUGUGAAGAGGGGCAUGAAUAUUCCAUCCAAGCUCUGGGAAUAUGGCAUGCGGUGUGGGAGAUGCCGCUGACAGAAGUGACUGAGUCUCACCUUGCGGAUUUAACUGGAGCUACACGCGGAGAAUUCAAAUCAAAUUUUGCCCAUGUGAAAGUCAAUAGAACGGGGAAUUCUUGA